GAGGGUCGGCUGUGGUGGCUGCUCAGAGGCGGCGCCCCAAAACGCUAGGUGUUGGAAAGAAGGCGUGGAUGUCUUACUCCUUUCCUCGAAACAUUUCCUCAGAAUUGCCAGCCGAGGUUUGGAGCUUUGGCGGUUUCACAAGUGCUUUUGUCAGGAGAUGAGUUAACUGAGGAUUGGGGCCUUUUGGGGCUCGUGGACCUGAUGAACUACUAAGGUUUUCUUCUUUCGGAGAGCCCGGGCGGAGGCGGUCGACCUUAGCGCGCCUCCAUGCUCCCUCUCUGGAAAGCCCCUCAAACUCCCCAGGAAACUUCUCGACCCUUCCUUGGUCAGAAUCACUUGUGCCCUGUUCCCAAGAUGGCACCACAGGAAAGGAGAGUUGGGGGAACUUAUAAAUUCCCCCUGUACAUGUGAAGAUAGUGUCUUGCUGUGUGGAUGCAUCUUGUAAGAAAUGCCCUGAACCCCACUUCCAACUAGGCUGCUACCCUGGAACCGACAGAAAUUUUGUAGUAGCAUCCCCUGUCCCCCCUUAACAGGUGGCUAACCAAGGACGUGUUUCUUUCCCUUUCGUGGUUUACAUGUUUGAUUCCAAUACUUGGUUGUAAGGUGAUGCUUACAAAAGUGAACUUGUCAAACUCCAAAUUUCAGACUCACACUGUGUUCUUUGGGGUUAGUGAAUCUCGCUGUCCAUUGGAGCACUAAUGCACCAGAAAUCUUUGGUUUUAACUUCCCCUUAGUGACAAAGUCUUUGGUCAUAGAGUAACAAGGACAGAGAAAGUGAAAAGAUCAUUAUAGAUUAACUACACCUUGGAGACACAACUUGGCAACGGAAGGACAGCAUGCACAGAAAGCAAGGAUUCCUCAUGUGUCUGCAAGUUACAGGAACCAGUCCCCAAGAAUAUGGAGUUGGUACCCAGAGCUGAAGUACCAACAGUAUCCUAUUUGGAUCCCACCUCUUUACAAAGUACACUUUCUUCUUUGAAGAAGUUUAUAAUCUGGGUAGAUGAGAAUAACACAUACAAAUUAAUACCAGACUCUUUAUGAUAAAUGACAAGAAAUGUUAGCCCUGGAAAAAUAACAGACAUUUACUAUUAAUCUCUGGUUCUAUCUUUUGAAUCAGUAUUUUUCAAUUUAGCCUAACUAAAGCUUACCAUUUGAUACAUUUCAUUUCAUAUUUUAUGAGUCAUUCCAGGAGAUAGAAUGUUAGCUCUAAAUGGGGAUCUUUAAAUUAAUCUGCCUUAUUCUGUAACUGAGGAAACAAGACCACAGUAUUUUGAGACUUGAAGGUUUUGAAACAAGGCAGGGUCAGGGCUUUCCUUCUGCUCUGGCCUUUUGUAUUAUACCAUCAUACCCUGGUAUAAGAGUGGUAUUCCAAGGAAGCCUACUCAGUAUGAAGACAUUAAAAAUGAAGACUUUGAUGGUCCAUUUCCAUAUAAUGAAUGUUUCCCACAUUUGAGGAAAUCUCAGGUCAGCUCAUCUGGAAUACAGUGGAUAAGUCUCACCCUGGGAAAACCACCUUCAUGAUCAUGGUAUCUCCCCUGCCGGCCUGUUUGGGAAGCCCUUCCUGCAAAUACGGAUGCCUUCCAGGACACCGUUGCAAGCCAGUUGGUGCAUAAUCAGGUGAGCAUCCACCACACCUGCCAAAGGGGAGGGCACAGGGUAGAGAGUCAUUGCCCUGGGGUGGUACAGGCCAGUCUUGGCCAGUGAAGAAGGCUGAACUGAGCAUCUCUGUCAUUGACCCACAUCUUCUGUCACUGACUGGGGGCCUCAGGGCCACUAUUUGGCCAAUGCCCAAAGGCUCUUCUGAGUGUAUUUUCUGGCUGGGUGGGUACCGUCUGCUUUAUAACACAGCUAGACCAUGACUUUUGGGUGACCCAUUGUCAGGGAUUCAGUGCCUUGUUUAGCCCCCACCAUCCCUGAAAAUGCAAGGUGGACUUAAUUUGGAACAAACACUAACUUGAAAGUCUCUCAGGACUUCCAACAGGGAGACAUGACCCCACAAUGUACCUGAUUGCUUAAACUCAUUGGGAACAAUGCAGCGGACAAAAUGGGGGGCUGUGCUGUGGAGGGUGGCCAUCAGCUUGUUCAGCUGCUCCUAGGGACAAACGACAAAAGAGAGAGUGAGUGAAACUUAGCAUUGAUGUUGCAGGACACCCACACCCAGGAGGUUUUUAUUUAGCGUUUAAUCAACUAAAACUAAAUUAAAAUUCAGUGUGCUCAGUUACACCAGCCACUUUUCAGCACUAGCCACAUGUGCUUCAUGGCUACCAUAUUGAUACUGGACAGCCCAGAAGAGCACAUUUCAUCAUUGCAGAUUGUUCAGUCUUUGUUCGUGCAACAUCUCCCUGUUCACUGCCCUUUGCAAGGUGUUUCCAGUAAUGCCCAAACUUUGUGGAAGUUGUAGCCAGCCCAGAAGACCUGUCACUCUAGGACACACAAUAUUGGGCACUGAUACCACAGUUGGUCAUGUUGCACAAGUCCCUUCACUCUCUGGAUUUCCAUCUACAAUGAUGGACCUUCUUGAUGGUUUUUUCUGCCCAAUGAUCCUGUGAUUCUGUGGCCUCUUCAGAAACAGACUUCUUUAAUUAAAGAGGCGAUCACUGACAGAGUGAUGAAAUUAUCCUGCCUUCGGCCAUGACAUGGCAGCCAGACCACCCACUAUUGAAAAGGGGGGUUAGGGCACUGGACUCCAGGUGGCCUCUGGGCAGCCCCUACUCACCCUAUAGAAGUUGGAAACUGUUAUGAAGGAGGACCCUCUCUUUUGCUUCUUGGUUCCAGCUGAGGGACGGACAAGUACAUUUCAUGUCAGUACUCAGCCUGGGGACAAACAGCCCCAUAAAGUGCUCUGUGCCAAAACACACGCAUUCUCUGGGUUUAAAAAGGCUUAUUCUGGGACUGAGGUGGGACCCUCACACCAGGAAAAUGAGAUCUACCAGGGAGUGGGCAAAUGGAUGGACUGUGGUGUAAUUGUGCUCCCUGGGGACUAUACAGUCCUUUGUGAUUUAGGUUCUGGUGGGGUGACCAACUGCUCCCAUUGCCUGGGGAGGAAGAAGAGCCCCUAGACCAUCAGAGAAUGUACUUAUCGGUGGUAAAAUGUUGCUGAGCCCAAGGAGGUUUGCUGUUCCUGCCCCACCGAGCACAGCCUGAUUGGGCAGCUUCCACCAGGGCAGUCCCUUAUGAACCAUGUGCCCUCUAUCAGAUGACAGACAGGGCCAGGCUAGGCAUUUGCCUCAGACGGGAGAGAGGGAAGCAGAGAAUAAGCAGAGGGCAUUUGGGUGCCAACUUUUAGGAAGUAGCAUCCCUCCACCUAGAGGAGAUACAGGCCCAGUGAGCUGUUCAGCUGAUAGAGGCUCCCAGGUUGUGUCUUCACUCCUCUCUUACACGGCCCACCUCAAGCACUGGCCAUUCAUGCAUUCACUCACUCAUUCCACAAGAGUUGAAUAAGAGAAUUUUCUUUCCUUUUUUCCAUUUUGGCCACUAAAGGGCAUCAGCACAGGGAGAUGGGAUAUAACAAGGGUUCGGCCAUACCUGGAGCCUCCUCUUCUUUGAAGAGAAGGGCCAGGAGUCCCAGGGACGAUUUCUGGAACAAGCCCACCACUGUUUCAUUCAGGGGGUCUUUGUUCUUCUCCAGCCAGCCUGUGAUGUUGUAGCUCACCUGGAGGGGGCAGAUGCCAGUAAUUUUGAGGCUCAGCCUCCCCCUUUCAGGUCUCACAGGUAGAACCUCCACCAACAACUCCACCUGCUCUGGGCUCCCAGGACCAACUUUCAGCCCCUGGAGCUUCAGUUCUUGUCCUGAUGACUUGCCUAGUAUCCUGGGGUUAAAGGUCCCAUCGUAUGCUUUCUUGGGCAUUUGCAGUUUGCCUGUCUAAAACAACCCAUCUCUGAGCUUUGCCCAUAAACCACCCCUCCUGGGGUGUGACCUUUUGUGGACUUGCUCUGCUGACCACACUGAGCCUUCCUGACCCUUGGGUCUUCAACUGCCCAGGCGGGCUUGCUGUCAGCAACUGGCCACAGCUGUGGAAUCCUGAGAUGCAUGAAGAAAUCUACAAGGGCUUCUGAUCUCUCCUUGUUGGAGAGCAUGCAUCCCCUCUUAUGACACUGUAGGGUCUUUGGCUGGUGGAAGGCGGACUACAUCCAGAACUGGGAGCUCCAGAUAUCCAGGUAAUUGGACAUCUGCUAAUUUCCACUUCUCAUUUUGCCAUGUAGCCCCAACAGGAUGGCUAAGUGGGAGGAGCCUUCAGAUCCUUCCAUGGAACACAGAGAACCAAGGAAAGUAGAUGAGGAGCCACAAUCUCUGAGCUUUCCAUCUCCUGUGCAACAUACAGCAGGUGUCAUCUUGGGCCUUAUUUUAGGGCCUUCUUGGAAGUUCACAGGUUCCAUUUGACUUUGAAUAGUCUAUUGCUAUAAAUACAGAGCUCUUCUCAGUCCAGUGUAGGAAGAGGGGAUAGAGAGCUGCAAUUUGGUCCCAGGUCUGCUGUUUGCUCAAAGUAUUGGCCCAGUGCAUUUUGUGAGCAGUUGGCGUUGUUAUGGUUAAUGACUAUUAACUCUUGGCACUGAUGCCCAUUGUAGUUGUGGCUUUCCUGACAACCUAAUCCUAAGACUGCUGUUUCCCUGCAGUUAAACCCCCAAAGGAUCAACAAACUCUGUUGGUACUAGGCACGUUGGCACUCAGAGAAAUAUUGAGAUCCCAAGGAAACCAAGCACAUUCUCAUACACUGGCAGAAUGAAUGUUUUCUCCUCUAUUAAUUAUACAAAUAGAACCUGAGUCCUGGCUGCACUUAAUUUCCCUCUUCCUCAAGGACUAAAUUUGUCAUGAGUGAAAAUGCUACUUCAUAGAUGUCACCUUGUUCAUUUGGUGGCCACGAGCUGUCAGAAAGACAAGUUAUUCAGUUGGAAGUAAUUAAUGGGCUCAUGAAAAAAUUUUUUCCUUGUUACAAGUGUUGUCAUUGCUGGCCAAGAUUGAAGUUCAGCCAUUAAACCAAGGGCUGUAGACAAUAGUGUGGCCCGGGCAGGUCUGAUGGCACCAACUGCAGGCUGCUCCCUAAGGGGCAUCCUUCACUGGAUUGCUUUGGAAUUCUCAGAUGGAGAAGUGAUGAGGAGGUAUGAGCUAGAGCUCAUUUCAAUUGGCUGAUCACCCUGUUAUAUCUUGGCUGUGGUGGUUGGAAGCAGGUCACCUCUGGAGGGGUGUGUCAUUGUGGACCAAGGGGCUCUGAGGCCGGUACUUACAGUGCCUGCAUAGUGGAUAAGCUCGAAGUGGGCCUCGGGGCCCUUGCCCUUGCCCCCCUUGGGCUUAAGAAAGUUGCUUGACUUGGCCAAGUGGUUGUCAUACAGGGCUGCCUUGAAUGUGGCAUCUGUAGCUUUGGGGAAGACACACUGUUCCUCCAGGACGGAGAAGAUGCCCAUGGGCUAGGAGGAAAGAGGAGAAGAUAGUGUUAGGAGAGGUAGCAGGACCCAAAAGAGAUCACACUAGCACUGAGUCCAGGGCCAGUAUAAAUAUGUAUCCACAUGGCCAGCCAGAAAGCAGAACUCAGACUUUUGGGAGUAGCACCUAGUGCCCCACGGCCUUGUCUUCAAACACCACAGGCAAUUAGACUUGAAAGAAGCUAUAAUUCAGCCGAGUCCAACAGAAGAGAAGGCUAAGGCCUGAAGGAGCAAGAUAGCUCCCCAAAUGCUAAUCCCACCUAGACAGUGGCCCUGGGCAAGCUUGGUCUUCUGAAACAAUGGGAAGUCAAUGCCACCUGUGCUUGCUGUUUGUAAUUCUCUUUGAUCUGCUCCUCCCUGCUGACCUUCCAGACUACCCUGAAGCCUUAUGCUGUUCUAGGUCUAUUCUCACACACAAAAAUGGGGAGUUCCCAAAUGCUGUUAGUGACAAUAUGCCCUCUGUCCAUGGAGGGCCUGGGUUUUAAAAGAGGACUUCUGGAAGAGGGCGAUGUUUAACCCCAAAGCUCAAGAAUGAGGAGAUUUGGGGCUCUAUGACAGCUGGCAGGAAGGUAUUUAAGGUACAUGGCAAUGCAGGACUGUGCACACAGCCUGCUUUUGGAGACGGUACUUUCCUGGGAGGCUGGGCCCACAAUGGAGACCCUUGGCUGCUUUGAUGACCGAUUCUCUAGGACUAGCCCGAGGAUGAGCCUCAGAAGCAAGAUAUAUUCUUUUUUUGUUUUAUUUUUUAAGUUUUCACAUUGAAAUAAUUUCAGGCUUGCAAAAAUAGUGCAAAACCUUCCCAUAUACCCUUCACCCAGCUUCUCCAAAAAUUACUAAAACCACUGUAUGUACAAUAAUGAAACCCAGGAAACUACCAUCCAGACAAUGAACAGAGUUUGUUUCAAUUUUGUCAUCUGCCCUGUUAAUGUCCUUUUUCUGUCUUUUUUCUGCAUUGAAUCAAACAACAUAUACUCUUGAAUUAGAUCAUUUGCUAAAACAUUCCAUGUGGUAUGAUUACAGGUGAAAUUAUUAUGUGGCCCAGGUUAGAACCUGACUGUGCCACUCAUAGGUUGUGGGACUUUGGACAAGUGAUUUCCCUUCUCUGUACCUCAAUGUUCCCAUUCAUGAAAUGGGUAUGGUAAAAGCACCCCUUUAUAGGGUAGGCUGUGAUGGUCCAGUGAGUUGUAGCACACAACAGCCCAACUAAUAGGAGUCAUUGCGGUCGAUGUGGUGUGCGUUUUGCAGAGGGGGAGCUAGAAAUCAGACCAAUGAAGGUCAUCGGGGGUGUUGCCAACUGACCAGAAGCCAAGAGCCACCUCCCUGCAUGCCCCAGAGACAUGCCUUCCUGAGGCAUGUACCAGUCAGAGCCCGAGCCCCUCCUUCAAGAAGCAGGUCACCUUUUCCAGGAGGUCAAUGCAGGCCUGCAGGUCAAGGCCAAAGUCGAUGAAGACCCACUCGAUGCCCUCCCUCUUGUACUCUUCCUGCUCCAGCACAAACAUGUGGUGGUUGAAGAACUGCUGCAGCUUCUCAUUGGUGAAGUUGAUGCACAGUUGCUCAAAGCUGUUGAACUGCGGUGGGGGGAACACAGAAAGAAGGGCGUCAGCCCAGGUGCAGAGAAAGCCCCUCCCAGGACGGGGUGAGGAAGCCACACACUUAGUGGAAACUUGUCAAGGGCCCGCCAGAAUCAGGCACUGCCCUGACUGCCAUAGCACUGACCAUGCAGGGGACCUGGGAGAAGCAGCUCUCCGUUACCCUCCCCUGCAGAGGCAUAGAAUAGUUUAACACGAGCCCCAUGCAGCACAAUUUAGGGACCUGAAACCCAGGCAGCCAAACUCUAGCCUCUUGUGGUGAACAGAGAUAAUUGUGGAAAGAACCAUUUUCUUUUAAGUGUGGAAAUUGCUUGAAAUGCUGUAUGGAUCUGAGCCAUCGUGUGCCGGUGGGCAGUUCUUUUCUCUCUCUCUCUACUUUUUCUCAUCCUCAUCUAUAAGUUUGUCAAUUUCCAUGGUGUAAAUAUUUACACCAUGGCUAAUUUUAAGCUAUGAACAUGUAAACUGGCUCACAAAAUUCCCAAAGUUCCUGAAAAUUUAAUAAUCAGCUGUUGUGAGCCAGUACAGGAUGGCUUCGGCACACCACUCAUUCCAUCCAUUAAGUUCACACCAUUCUUUAUGAUUUGGCACCAUAGAAAUGAAAACAGAAUUUUCUCCAAGAAUCAGAGAUCUAGUGGCAAAUCGAUUGGUCUGCCCCGGGUCCAAGGUGAGAAACAAGAGAACCGUAGUGCAAAGUCACUUAUAAAAGGAGGACAGCCCCACCAAGGCAAAAACCAAACACGAGGCCAGGCACACCUCAAAGAUCUCGAAGCCAGCAAUGUCCAGCACCCCGAUGAAGAACUGCCUCUGCAUCUUGGUGUCCAAAGUCUUGUUAAUCCUGACUACCAGCCACUUGAACAUCUUGUUGUAGAUCGCCUUGCCCAGGGCCCCGAUGGAGUUGUGGCACUGAUCCAUGUUCUGGCCUUUUUGCACAAACUCAUUGCCCGCCUUGACCAGGGGCCUGGUGAUGCCCUUCUGGAGUUCACCGGAAUUGAGACCCAUGAGAUGGGCGACUUUGUCAGCCACUGAGCAGGGAGGGAAAAUACAGGUGAGGACCAGGAAGAUGGUGCCAUUCCCAGGAGAAACCUCACACUGCCUACUGUGGUCUGGGGAGGAGGUGACAGGGAGCAGGAGGAGACCCACGAGAAAACAAAGAUCUGAGGUGGAUCCACACUUGCUCAAAGUCAAGUGGCAAAGUAGGGUCCAGUCUUGACUCUCUGUCAUGCCUCUCUAAGAAGAUUGAUGUCUGAAUGUUCAAGGAACAUGCACAGUUUACAGCCACCACGGCACCUGAGAAUACCUGGCAUGUUUCUGAAAUGGCCACAAAGCCCUGAGGGGGGGGCAGAAAACUCCCACCACUUGCUGCCUUGUGCCUGAACAGCCCCAGCCCAACACCCACCCUCAGUGGUGUCCACUUCAGCUUGCUCCUCUCUGGGCUUCUGCUUGAACUUCAUGUUCCCAAAGUGCAUGAUGCCCCCCGUCAGCUUAUAGACACCUAUCUUCUCCUCAGCACUGAAGCCCAGCACGUCGAAGGCGUCCUGCAAAGCAACAGGGAGGAGAAGCCACGUGACUCCUGGCUUCUCAUCCCACGUGGCAGAGGCCAUGGGACUGCCGCUGUGGGGCCACACCAAAGGGCCACUGUGGCAGGUGUGGGCACCAGAGUCAGACACACCCUGGACAUGGAGGGGCCAUAUCAGAUUCUCUGCUAUCUGGCUAUUUUAUUUAUUUAAUCCCUCCAGCCUCUGUUUAGCUAUCUAUAAGAUGGGGAUACUAAGUGAUUGUCAGGACAGAUCAGAAUGAUGUGUAAAAUAUUUAGUGUUUGACACACCAUAAGUGCUCAGUAAAGGGGGUUAUUAUUAUUACUACCAUUGUUAUUAUUAUUAAGGCUUCAUGCUAGGUACUGGGAGAGGGGAAGGCAAAAGUAAAUCAGGACUCGAUUCUGUCAUCAGAGAAGAGAGGGCCUAGUACACAAAAAAUCUUAAUGGAAGUCCCACGUGCUCAGUGUCAUAAGAGGGAAGGAGACAGAGAGUGCAGUGGGGAGUGGUAAGGUGGCAGAGUUGCUUCUAGUGGUAAGGUGGCCGGGUUGCAGAGGAGGAACGUUGUAUGGAGUUGAUGGCCCCUUCCGUCCCUGUGGAAUUCUAAUUCGAUGCUGCAAAGAGAAACUCUGCUUGCUGCAAUAGGCUUGGGAUAAGCACCAACUGCAACCCCAGAAACCCCCAGGGAAGAAUCCAGGCUGUUGUCUGACAGCUCUGGGUGGGACCCCACCCCCACUCUGGUUCCAAUGGCCAUGCAGGCAGGGCCCCAAAGUUUCCAUCCUAGGUCUCCCCAUGUCCCGCAUCAGCCAUGCCCACCCACUCAUGUCUGUGAUCUGCAGCUCCUCCCCAUCAUCCAUGUUGUCCACCACAGUGACGCCUUGGCUCACCCAGUGGUAUUGCUUAGCAUUGGGGACCAGCAGCAAGCUCUCUGCCAAGGGCAGCAAAGCAGGUUAACAGCUCGGUGAUACAUGGUUUUAUUCUCUUUCAUUCCUAACUAAUUUCUCUAAAUGCCUCUCACAUACUAGGCACGACGGCGGGCAUUGUGAGAGUUACAGGGCCGAAUGAAAUAUGGUCCCUGCCACCUGGUACCACCAGAAUCACAGAGGGACUUGAACAGCCUCAUGCAAGGAGCUUUAGAACAGCAAGAGGGUCACAGGAACUUGGCUGCAUCCUCUGUCACUUGCCUCAGUACUUGGCAUCUAAUGCUCCUUGAUUUAUGUUAGAGUUACAUCCAGAUGAGCACAUGGUAAUUUACUUCCUCCAGUCAACAUGCCUACCUUAGAUGUUCCGGAAGAGAGGCUGAGAAAAUUCAAAUACCGAGGCAAAGAUGCAUCUAUGAGGCGGCAGCAGCGGAUGGCGGUCAGCCUCGAGCUCCGGAAGGCCAGGAAAGAUGAGCAGACUUUAAAGAGAAGAAAUAUCAUCAAUUCCUGCCCUUACCCACCUUCUGAAAAACCAGCCAAAGGGAUGCCGGGAAGCCUCACUCUGGGUGAAAUAAUCAAAGGUGUGAAUAGCUCAGAUCCAGCCCUGUGUUUCCAGGCCACCCAGGCAGCCAGGAAAAUGCUAUCCCGGGAAAGGAACCCCCCUCUAAAAUUGGUUGUUGAAGCCGGGCUCAUUCCCAGGCUGGUGGAGUUUCUGAAGUCAUCACUUUAUCCCUGCUUGCAGUUCGAAGCAGCCUGGGCUCUGACCAACAUUGCUUCGGGGACUUCAGAGCAGACCCGAGCCGUGGUGGAAGGGGGUGCUAUCCGGCCCUUGGUUGAGCUCCUGUCUUCCUCCAGUGUGACUGUGUGUGAACAGGCAGUGUGGGCUCUUGGUAAUAUAGCUGGUGACGGCCCAGAGUUCAGAGACAUCGUUAUCUCAAGCAAUGCCAUCCCACAUCUGCUGGCCCUGAUUUCGUCAACCACACCAAUCACGUUUCUGCGGAACAUCACAUGGACCUUGUCCAACCUGUGCCGAAACAAGAACCCGUACCCUUGCGAGAAGGCGGUGAAGCAAAUGCUGCCCGUCCUCUUCUACCUCCUGCAGCACCAAGACAGCGAGAUUCUGUCGGACACCUGCUGGGCCCUGUCCUACCUCACCGAUGGCAGCAAUGAGCGCAUCAGCCAAGUAGUCAACACCGGGGUCCUGCCCAGGCUGGUAGAGCUCAUGACCAGCUCAGAACUCAGUGUCUUGACCCCCUCUCUCCGCACCGUGGGGAACAUCGUCACGGGAACAGAUCAGCAGACCCAGAUGGCCAUCGACGCGGGCAUGCUGAAGGUGCUACCCCAGCUCCUGAGGCACGCUAGGCCCGCCAUCCAGAAGGAGGCGGCCUGGGCCCUGAGCAACGUGGCCGCGGGGCCGCGCCAGCACAUCCAGCAGCUGAUUGCUCACGACAUCCUACCUCCCUUGGUGGCUCUACUGAAAAAUGGAGAAUUUAAAGUCCAGAAAGAGGCUGUCUGGACGGUUGCUAACUUCACAACUGGGGCCAACUUGGAUCAGCUGAUCCAGCUUGUCCACUCUGGAGUCUUGGAGCCACUGGUGAAUCUGCUCACUGUCCCAGAUGUUAAAAUCGUUCUCAUCAUCCUCGACGUCUUCGCUUACAUUCUCCAGGCAGCAGAGAAACUAUCUGAGAAGGAAAACCUGUGUCUUCUGAUAGAAGAACUCGGUGGGAUUGAUAGAAUUGAGGCUUUACAACUUCACGAGAACCAUCAGAUUGGCCAGACUGCCCUAAAUAUCAUCGAGAAACACUUUGGCGAGGAAGAAGAUGAGGGCAUAAUUUUACUGGACCAACUGCUGGACCAAGAUAAUGAAUUUAUAAACGCAUCACAAAAAACUAGCAAAGCUCCACGACUUCUACACCAACCACCAAACACUCAAGGAUAACUUAUUGAGCACUCCUAUA